CGUCACUCAUUUCCCCCAGUGACCUUGACAAGUCAGAAGCUUGAAAGCAGGGAAAUCCGGAUGUCUCAGUUAUGAAAUGAAGCAGUGGGGCUCCAAUAUAUUUCCAGAAGACUCCAUCUAGACUGGUGAUUGCCUGCUUCUAUUACUACCAGUGACCACCCAGGGUGCUUCUCUGGCUCAUAAGGGAUUUGCAUAAUGGCCAAGUGCUUCAGCCUGAUGUUGCUUCUUGCCUCCAUCUGGACCACAAAGCUCCUGGUCCAUGGCUCUCUCCGUGUAGAAGAACUUUCCAUCUCAGCACCAUGCAGAAUUGUAGGGGUCACCCUUGUGAACAAAAAGACAACCCAGCAGCUGAAUUUCACAGAAGCCCAGGAGGCCUGUAGGCUGAUGGGACUAACUUUGGCCAGCAAAGACCAGAUUGAAGCAGCAUGGAGGUCUGGCUUUGAGACUUGCAGCUAUGGAUGGGUUGCAGAUAAGUUUCUGGUCAUCCCUCGGAUUCUCCCGAACCCCAAGUGUGGGAAGAAUGGGAUGGGUGUCCUGGUUUGGAGAAAUUCACUCAGCAAAAAGUUCUUGGCCUACUGUUACAACUCAUCUGAUACUCGGAUUAACUCAUGCUCUCCAGAAAUUAUCACCACCAAAGAUCCCAUAUUCAACACUCAUGAGGCAACAUACACAACAGAAAUGAUCACCAGUGACAGUGCAUACUCGGCUUCAUCUACUGUUGCACCUUACUCUACUACACCUACUCUUGCUCCUACUUCUGCUUUGGCUUCCACUUCUCGACGGAAAAGAAAGUUGAUUUGUGUAACAGAAGCUUUUAUGGAAACUAGCACCAUAUCUACAGAAACAGAAUCUUACAUUGAAAAUAAAGCAGCAUUCAAGAAUGAAGUUGUUGGGUUUGGAGGUGUCCCCACGGCUCUGCUAGUGCUUGCUCUCCUCUUCUUUGCUGCUGCAGCUGGUCUCGCAGUUUGCUACAUCAAAAGGUAUGUGAAGACCUUCCCUUUUACAAACAAGAAUCAGCAGAAGGAAAUGAUUGAAACCAAAGUAGUAAAGGAAGAGAAAGUUGAUGAUAGCAAUCCUAAUGGGGAAUCAAAGAAAGCUGAUAAAAAUUCAGAAGAGCCCAAGAGUCUGCCCAAAACUACAGUGCGAUGCCUGGAGGCUGAAGUUUAGAAGAGAAAGAAAUGAGAGGACACACCUGAGGCUGAUUUCUUUCCUGAUUCAUAUCCUGGCCCUAGAUGGGGAAACUUAAAGGGCCAAAGAACCAAACAAGAAAGUCCACCCUUGAUUCCUAAAUGGAAUCAACUCAGGGCUACUUUUGGAUUAUGGAGUUCACCAAACGGAAUUCCCUUCUUACUGCAAUCCUUUCUGGAUCCUCCUACCUCCAAAGCUUCCCACAGCCUUUCUAGCCUGGCUAUGUCCUAAUAAUAUCUCUGUAGGAGAAAGGAGAUUUACAAACCACAAGAACCUAAAACAGCUAAUCAGAACGCAUUUAUAAAGAGGCUUCUCAGCUGGCUGACAAGAGGUGCGUUGAGAACCAAGAGAUUGUUGAGACCAAGCUUUUCUCUAUUGAUUCCACAGGCCAGAUCCUUUCUUCAGCUCUGAAAAAGUAACAUGCAUCACCUGGCAUGCCCUUCUGAGCCAGGCAAGAACAAAAGAAGGAAGGAAAAGUUCAGCAACUGAAGGUCAUGGACAUUCCCAUGACUUGAGACCUGAUCUCUGUAAAGCCAAAAUAAGUAGAGAAAAAGAAUGAGGCCAAGGAUGUUGCCAGCAUAUUGUCAGCAGGGACUAUAAGUACAAACAGGGUCAAAGUAGUCAUCUCUGAAUAAUUUGAGUUGGAAUCACUUUUUAGAACACACUUUCUUUUCUCUCUCUCUCUCUUGCUGCUGCCAUUUUUUCUAGAAGUACAUAAUUUUAUAAAGGAACCCCCCCAAUCUCUUACAAAUUUUUAUUUUUAUCGGAGCUGUAUCUGGGAAAUUAGUACUGAAGAAAAUUACUGUAUUAAAAGGCAGUAGAAUUUAACAAACAUUUAUUGAAUUCCUACUAUAUGUCAGGUGCUGGGUAAGGUAUUAUAUUCUAUAAUAGAAUAUUAUUUAUCAAAAACUUACAAACAAUAAAAUGUAUGAAGCUAAUUUUUUCAGUUUUGAUAUCCUUAGCCUAUUUACUUGCAAAACUAAUUUUUUGCUAAGACUAAUCCAUUCACUAUUUUCUCUAAUAUGGCAGCCACUAUAACCUUAAUUUAUUAUUAACAUACCUAAAAAGUACAUUAUUACCUCUAUACACCAAAGCACAUUUUGAAAGCGUCAUUAACAAAUGUAUUGCCAGUUCUUUUAUCAGCAAGAAGGGCUCAAGAGGUGCAGAAAUAUUUGUGUCAAAAAAAAAAUAAAAGCAUUUAGAAAAUUUUGUUGCUCCCUUAUUUACAUAGAUGCGUUAUAAUUUUCAUGGAAAACUGAAGUAAUCUGUUUUUUGCAAAAGUAAGAGGGACAACUUUGGUUGUUGAAAAACAAAUAUUUGUAAACCCAGCGGUACAUACAUCACCAUGUGGGGUUAUGCUUGCUUCAGGGGGUCUUAUUUUAAGUUGGUCAAGUACUCACCCAUAAAACAGUCCUUUACUUAGGAUACAUUACAAUCCAUUUCAGAAUUCACAGAGAGCAGAAGAUUCAGGAUUGUUCCCCUGUCCUGUUUUUCUAGCUUUCUCUCUCCCUCUCUCUGGUCUUCCCUUUUGGACUAGUAUCUUCUUUCCCUUACCAGUGACUGCACAGCUAGCUAGCUCCAUGGUCCUUUCAGCUCAGAGACCAUAAACUGCUGGCACAGUCUUUGGUAGUUGGCCCAGAGUAUUAUCUUAAAUUUUGGGUUAAUUGCCAGGAAUUAAAACUUGAGGGGUGCCUGGCUAGCUCAAUCAGUAGAGUAUGUGACUCUUGACCCAGGAAUUGUGAGUUUGAGCCCCAUGUUGGGUGUAGAGAUUACUUAAAAAUAAAAUCCUUAAAGAAAUCAAGGAUUUUCACAUAUUUAUAUUUCUGGGUUCCCUUGAAAAGGGAAGAUCUGAGGGCACCUGGAUGGCUCAGUUGGUUGAACGUCUGACUUUGGCUCAGGUCAUGAUCUCGCGGUCUGGUCCCUGAGUUUGAGCCCUGCGUUAGGCUCUGUGCUGACAGCUCAGAGCCUGGAGCCUGCUUCAGAUUUUGUGUCUCCCUCUCUCUCUGCUCCUCCCCAACUCACGCUCUGUCUCUCUCUCUCUCUCAAAAAUGAAUACACGUUUUAAAAAACUUUUUUAAAAAGAAAAAUGGGAAGAUCUGGAAAUCAAGAACCCAUAUUCCUACACAACAAUAACUAUCUCAGACUGAGUAGUGGCUGUUCCCUUUAAAAGGUCUCUGCUUAACAGAAGACCAUGGGGGAGGGGAAGGGGAAAAAAAAAAGUUAGAGAGGGAGGGAGCCAAACCAUAAGAGACUCUUAAAAAAUGAGAAUAAACUGAGGGUUGAUGGGGGUGGGAGGGAGGGGAAAGUAGGUGAUGGGCAUUGAGGAGGAUACCUGUUGGGAUGAGCACUGGGUGUUGUAUAGAAACCAAUCUGACAAUAAAUUUCAUAUUAAAAUUCAUUCAUUCAUUCAUUCAUUUAAAAAAAAGGUCUCUUCUUGCUUCAUGCCACCACAGUGUUCACUGUCUAUCGCAUUUUCAUGCCAAAAUAAAGGUGCCAUGUCCUAUGGA